UGUAGAAAAAUCUGUGCAUUUAGUUUCAAAUUCUGCAGGGCUUCAGAAAACAAAAACGUCAGUAGGGAUGGGAUAAUAUUCAAAUAAUAUUUUGUAUACAGUGUGAACUUAGUAGGGCAUGAGAGAGUCCUCGUGGCUGAAUUGUUAAGUGCUUGACUGCUAGCCACCUAGUGACUCCACAGGAUACAGACCUGGUGAUAUGCUCCUGUAAAGAUUAGUCUAGAAAACCCUGUGGGUCAAUUUUUCUCUGUCAUAUGGUGUUGCUCUGAGUCGAAAAUCGACCUAACAGUACCUAAUAUCAGUAGGCAUGCAGUACCUUUAUGGUUCAAGGACAGUGAUCUCAAAUGGUGGGUACAUUUUUUAAAAAGACACAAAAGUGAUAGAGAACAUGAGAGAGUAGUAAGGGAUUGUCUGGCUGGAUUAGUUCUAGGGAAAGAAGGCCAGAAAAUAACAAUGUAGAGGAUAUAGAAUUUCAGCAUACAGGUUGCCGAGCCAUAUGUCAGUUAUUGUUGUAGAUAUGCCCUGUGCAGUUGAUAGAUGCUAGGGAAAUGCAGGAUCUAUGUUGGCCAACUGUUAAGCACUCGACUGCUAACCAAAGGUUGGCAGUUAGAAUCCACACAGAGGUGCCUCGGAAAAAAGUCCUAGAGUUCUACUUCAGAAAAAUCAGCCUCUAAAAACCCUAUGGAGCACAGUUCUGCUCUGCCACACAUGAAGUCACCGUGAGACAGUCAGAAUUGACUCCACAACAACUUCUUCUUUUUUUUUAAUGACUGUAACCCCUUGAAAAUCAUGUCUAAUGGGACUGGCCAGGACCCAUUCCAGGGAGGAUAAUACUUUAGUUAAGUAAAAAAAAAGUAUGUGGUACAUUAAUUUGUAUACUUAAAAACCACAUUUCUCUAUGACUUGCUCAUUUGCUUACCAAAUAAUACAUGGGGAAGAGGUUGGAACAUUCAGUUCUGAUACUGAACUCAACAAAAGUUGAAGAGAUGGAAAGACAAAAAUUGAUUCUAAACAAACAUUAGCUAAUUCGAAAUUCAUCUUUAUGCUCUGGUUUUGUCAAGCAUCAUUUAUUGUUUGGUUUUUGUUUUUCUUUCAAGGAAAUUAAAGCAAUAAGUUUUCAUGGAGAAAUGGAAUCAAACUUCAAAUGAUUUCAUUUUGUUGGGACUUCUUCCCCCAAAUCAAACUGGCAUGCUGCUCUUGUUCCUUAUCCUCCUUGUAUUCUUUCUGGCCUCAUUGGGAAACUCAACCAUGAUGUACCUCAUUUGCAUGGAUUCCCAACUCCACAAACCCAUGUACUUUCUUCUCGGCCAGCUCUCCCUCAUGGACCUGAUGUACAUUUCUACUACAGUCCCCAAGAUGGUACACAACUUCCUCUCUGGCCACAAAGGCAUCUCUUUCCUUGGAUGUGGCUUUCAAAGCUUCUUAUUCUUGACAAUGGCUGGUUCUGAAGGCUUACUCUUAGCCUCCAUGGCCUAUGACCGUUACGUGGCCAUCUGUCACCCCCUCCAUUAUCCCAACCGUAUGAGUAGAAGGAUGUGUGUCCAGAUGAUCAUGGGAUCUUGGGUCUUGGGAUCCAUCAACUCCUUGGCACACACAGUCUAUGCUCUUCAUAUUCCUUACUGCCGGUCCCGGGCCAUCGAUCAUUUCUUUUGUGAUGUCCCAGCCAUGUUGCUUCUUGCAUGUAUGGACCCCUGGGUCUAUGAGUACAUGGUUUUUGUGAGCGUUACCCUCACGCUCCUCCUUCCUUUCCUUGGCACCACUGCUUCCUACGGCAGAGUACUUUUGGCUGUCUACCAUAUGCGCUCCAAAGAGGGAAGGAAAAAGGCCUUCUCCACCUGUUCAACACAUUUAACUGUAGUUACCCUUUAUUAUGCACCAUUUGUUUACACCUAUCUUCGGCCCAGGAAUGUCCGCUCAUCAGCAGAAGAUAAGAUUUUGGCCAUUUUUUACACCAUCCUGACCUCCAUGCUCAAUCCCAUUAUCUACAGCCUGAGGAAUAAGGAAGUCCUGGGGGCCAUGAAAGAGUGUUUGGAGUAUUCUUUUCUGAGAAAAAAUAGUCAUGGCUCUCCUUAUUCCUUUUUUUUCCUUUUUCAUGUUGUUAAGAACGUCCUAGUGCUGUUUAAUAGAAAUAUAAUAGAAGACACAUGCAUAAGUUUAAAUUUUCUAGUAGACACAUUAGAAAGUUAAAUGAAAAUGAAAUUAAUUAAAAUAUGUUUAUGUAGCCAAAACAGUAAUAUUUAACUAAUAUUAGCUUUAUCUACAUUGAGGUUAAUUGUAUAUUAUAUUAUUACAAUAUAUUACAUACAUAUACUAUGCAUAUAAUAUAUAUG